GGAUGGUCGGCCGGGACAACAGGAGAGAAACUCCAGGAAAACGGAGCUGGCGCACGGUGUAACGGGACGAGGAUACACUCGGCGUAAAAGGAGGAAAACUUUGUAUGGAUACGAGGAUAUUCUGGGAUUAUUUUCCUUUUCUUUCACAAAAACGGGACUUUUGAGCGAGAAAACACGCGUCUGCCAUCAUUUGAUAACACUUUUAACAGCAACAGGGUCUUUUUGAGCUGUUUAAAUUUUUUUGAACAUGAUAGAAAUUACAGUUUGACGACUUAUAAUGUGUAUCGACUACACAUCUGUCCACUAAGGAGAGGAGGUGCUCAGAAAAGCCAGCCAAUGUUUACCUGCCGUCGGCACUUCAAAGAAAGUUAUUAAAAAAUUCUUCUCCACGCGCUGAGGUAACCGAAAGGAAGCAGCAUGGCAGAGCACGAGAGCUUGGAGUUUGGAAAAGCAGAUUUUGUGCUUUUGGAUAAUGUGUCUAUGGAGGAAUUCAUGGCUAACCUAAAACUCAGGUUUGAGAAAGGGAGGAUCUACAGCUACAUCGGGGAGGUGGUGGUGUCCGUCAAUCCUUACCGUGCCAUGAACAUCUACGGCCGCGACACCAUCGAGCAGUACAAGGGCCGCGAGCUGUACGAGAGGCCACCGCACCUUUUCGCCAUCGCUGACGCUGCUUACAAAGCCAUGAAGAGGAGGAACAAAGACACCUGUAUCGUCAUCUCAGGGGAAAGUGGAGCAGGAAAGACAGAAGCCAGCAAGUACAUAAUGCAAUACAUCGCUGCUAUCACCAAUCCCAAUCAGAGGGCCGAGGUCGAAAGGGUGAAAAACAUGCUGCUUAAAUCCAACUGUGUCUUGGAGGCCUUCGGGAAUGCCAAGACAAACCGCAACGACAACUCCAGCCGCUUCGGCAAAUACAUGGACAUCAACUUUGACUUCAAGGGAGAUCCUAUUGGAGGCCACAUCAACAACUACCUGCUGGAAAAGUGCAGGGUCAUUGUCCAGCAGCCUGGAGAGAGGAGCUUUCAUUCAUUCUACCAGCUGCUCAGAGGAGCUCCAGACUCUCUGCUGCGCUCUCUUCACGUCCAGAAAGAUCCGACAGCAUACAACUACAUCAAAGUUGGAGGCCAGAUUAAGUCUUGCAUCAAUGACGGAGCAGAAUUCAAAGCUGUAGCAGAUGCCAUGAAAGUGAUCGGCUUCACAGCGGAUGAGAUCCAAACUGUUUACAAGAUCCUGGCCACCAUCCUGCAUCUGGGGAACUUGACAUUCGGUGUUGACGGUGAUGUGACGCUGAUAGAGAACAAAAAGCUGGUGUCUGUGAUCAAAGAUCUGCUGUCCACCAAAGAAGAAAACGUGGAGAAGGCCCUGCUGUACCGCACUGUCGCUACGGGACGAGACGUCAUCGAGAAGCAGCACACGGCACAAGAGGCCAGCUACGGACGGGACGCUCUAGCCAAGGCCAUGUACGAGCGACUGUUCUGCUGGAUUGUGGGACGAAUUAAUGACAUCAUUGAAGUGAAAAACUACGACGCCAGAAUCCAUGGGAAGAACACCGUCAUCGGAGUGCUGGACAUCUAUGGAUUUGAGAUUUUCCAGAACAACAGCUUUGAGCAGUUCUGCAUCAACUACUGUAACGAGAAGCUGCAGCAGCUGUUCAUCCAGCUGGUGCUAAAGCAGGAACAGGAAGAGUAUCAACGAGAAGGAAUCCCCUGGAAACAUAUUGAUUACUUUAAUAACCAGAUCAUUGUGGAUCUGGUGGAGCAGCAGCACAAAGGGAUCUUCUCUGUGCUGGAUGAAGCCUGCAUGAAUGUGGGAAAAGUGACAGACGAGGUUUUUCUCCAAGGACUCAAUGGGAAACUGGCCAAACAUGCACACUACACCAGCCGCAAGCUCUCGCCCACCGACAAGAGCCUGGAGUUUGACAGAGACUUUCGCAUCAGGCACUACGCAGGAGAUGUGGUGUACUCAGUGGUCGGCUUCAUCGAUAAGAACAAAGACACUCUGUUUCAGGAUUUUAAAAGGCUGCUGUACAACAGUUCUAACCCAGUGCUGAAGGGAAUGUGGCCUGAGGGUAAACUGAGCAUCACUGAGGUCACCAAACGCCCGCUGACGGCUGCAACGCUCUUCAAAAACUCCAUGAUCUCGCUGGUUGAGAACCUGGCCAGCAAGGAGCCGUACUACGUUCGCUGCAUCAAACCCAACGAUGUGAAGUCUCCUCUGCUGUUCGAGCAGGAGCGCUGCAAACAUCAGGUGGAGUACCUCGGUCUGCUGGAGAACGUCAGAGUGCGACGGGCCGGCUUCGCCUACAGACAGACGUACCCUCGCUUCCUACAGAGAUACAAGAUGAUCUCAGAGUUCACAUGGCCAAACCAUGACCUUCCAUCAGACAAGGAUGCUGUGAAGAGGCUCAUGCAGGGCUGUGGAUUUGACCACGACACGGCGUAUGGUAAAACCAAAGUCUUCAUCCGUACUCCACGAACCCUCUUCAGCCUGGAGGAGCAGCGGGCAGAGAUGGUCCAGAGGAUUGUACUCUUCCUCCAGAAGGUAUGGAGGGGCACCCUAGCCAGGAUGAGAUACCGACGGAUGAAAGCAGCCCUUAUCAUCCUGCGAGCAUACCGACGCUACAAAGUCAAGUCCUACAUCAAGGAGGUGAACCGACGCUUCAAGAACGUGCGAUCUAUGAAGGACUACGGCAGACAUGUUAAGUGGCCAACACCUCCGAAAGUCCUGCGGAAAUUUGAGGAAGCUCUCAGGAACAUCUAUAACAGGUGGUGGGCGUGGACGAUGAUCAAAGGCCUGUCUCCAGAAGAGGCCCUGCAGGUGAGAGCCAAGGUAGCCUGCCUCGAGGCUCUGAAGGGCCACAGGGCUGAUUUAGGUCUGCAGAGAGCCUGGGAAGGAAACUACCUGAAGCGAGACAGUCCUGACACAGCGUCGUCGUUCACACUCGUCUCCAGCGAGCUGCAGCGGAAAGACAAGUUCAUGAGGGUUUUAUUCUCCUGCAACGUGCGAAAGAUCAACCGUUUCCACAAGGCGGAGGACCGGACCGUGCUCAUCACCGACCGCCACCUGUACAAGAUGGACCCCCUGAAGCAGUACAAACCAAUGAAGAGCAUCCCGCUCUACAACGUGACCGGCAUGAGUGUGUCUCCAGGGAAGGACCAGCUGGUCGUGUUCCACACCAAGGACAGCCGUGAUCUGGUGGUGUGCCUGCAGGGCAUGGUGCCCGCCAAUGAGAGUCGCAUCGGGGAACUGGUUGGCACCCUGCUCAGCCACUUCAAGAGUGAGAAGAGGAAGCUGCAGGUGAACAUCUCCAGCCCCAUCCAGUGCAGCAUGAACGGCAGGAAGUGCACGGUCAUCGUGGAGCCCAAGAUCAACCAAUCUCAGCCAGACUUCACCAAGAGCCGAUCUGGUUACAUCUUGGCCGUCCCUGGCAACUAGAGAUGGGCCAAAAGUGGGAAAAAAUAGCCGACAGCUAAAUCCAUACCAAGACAGGGUGAUGAUGAUGAUGAUGAUGAUUCAUGUCUGAUUCACUUGUGUUUUUGCAGAGCUGCUGAUUAUCUGAGGACUCAGAUAGCAGCUCUGGGGGAGGAUUUGUUUAAUUGAAUCCUCGAAAAUGCAAAGCCAUGCCAAAUUUGAUCUUUAUUUUUUUUUUGUAGAUAUCUAUGUGAAAUAACAGGAAGUGUGCAAAAAUGCCUAUUUUCAAAAUCUAAAUAGAUUUUUAUGCACUAAAGGAUAAUCCACCAAAGCAGCUUUCUUUUGAGUUAAAAACCCAAAUUUAGGUUUUAUUCGUGCAAUGUUUCGAUGGUAUAUCAUCAAGGUGAGAAGAGAUUACGCUGCAACUGUUCCCUGAACCGCUGAUGUUGCAUAAUUGGAAAAAAAUCCAAAGGCUUUGCAGGAAGUUAUAAUCCCUGCAGCUCCCUGUGCAGGAGCCAGAUCAAAAAUGAUCCCUGAAAAUGAAGUGAGAUGAUAUUCAUGUGUAGUAGAAUAGCAAAAAAAAGCUUUUUUUGAAGUAUAUUCUAAGGAAUAAUGGCGUAAAUGACCAGAAUUGAAGACUUCCUGUGUGAUAAUGCAGCGUUAAAUAAAUGUUUACAAUCACAUGUGAGAACAGCCAGAAUAAAAAUGUGAUUCAGAGGUUUCAGUCAGUGUCUAAUUGUUAGUUUGUUAGUUAGAGGAUGUGUUGAGCAUAUCCUGAAUAUCGCAGUUUAAUCCUGAUUAUUAUUAUUUAAAUCAUGCUUUUUGUAAUCUCUACUGCCGCCUCUUUACUUUAUAUAAAACUCUAUGAUACUGCUUGUACAUUUAAAGGUAGAAAAUAGUUUAUUCAGCGCUGAAAUACACCUGAAUGACAGACUACAAAUAUGACAAUAACCAAAGUUCAUCCUCUCUAGUUUAGCAGCUGAGUGUUUGUGGUCAGUACUGUGUUAUCCCACGUGAACUCCACCCCCUGAACACAACCUCAUUUGCUGUCUUUGUGUUGCGUGAAUAGGCUAAUGACUUGUAGUGGCCCUCGGUCGUUUGGACUAGACCUCCAUUUGACAAAUAUCCCCUUCACCAGAGAAAACAGAGUGUGUGAGAGUGUGUACUGUAUGUGUGUAUUAGCCCUCCUGUUCUUGGCUCUGGCGCUGAGAGUCUGGCUAAUGGCCACAGAGAAGCAGUGCAGGCAGACGGCUGUGAAGCCUGUAAUCAGACUGCUGUCCUACUUUACCUCCCUGCUCAAUGAUGGGAGCGACUUUCUGUGUGAACACAGGAUCUUUGAGGCUAGAUUUUCAUCUGACGCUGCUGAACUCCAUUCAUUUUUCUGCAGCCAGUUCACCUAAAAUCUUAUCAUCAGCACUUGAACCUUCAGAGUUUGGUUUAUUUUGUUCUCACAGGUUGUCGACUCUGCAGGGAGCAAGCACUUUGCAAUACAUUCUUUGCAAUUGCACAAAAAUGUCCACCAGUGCAGUAACUAGUGAGAGGGAGGAGUUCAGAUUUAAUCUGUAGCCCUUUCCAUACUGUCAGUUCAAGUUGGGACAUUCACACUGCAGACUGGAGGAAGUUUUGGAGAAAGUCUGAGUGGUGUCACCCAAUAUUGAAGCCAAUGCACAGUCUCAAAUGAGGAUGCAGGAUAUUAUUAUCAUGAUAGCUGCAGUAUUGGUGGGUAUGAGCAUUUCUACCUUUAUUUAAAUCCAAUACAUCAACUGUGAUCAUUGGCCUAUAUCAGCUGUAAAUAUCAGCAUUAUGUGUGGAGAAGUUCAUGGAGUUUUAGGAAGGACCAACACACCUAAAUCAGCUGAAGUCUUUUUCUUUCAGUUAUGUAGCUCUCAAACUCAAGUUCCACAUACUCGGUCUCCACAGUGAUGCACAUGCAAAUCAGUCUUUGCAGUUUCACAGCAUGUGCUCUGGUCUGUCUCUGGUGUGUGCCAGAAGCACUGCUCCUCUCUGCUAUAGUCGAGAUGCAUGCCUACUUUUUUUUGCAGCGGUUGCAGCCAAAACGUAUCAAUCUACAUAGGGCACAUUGGCCCAAUCAGGAACAAGAGGGCACAGAUCAUCCAGUCAGCUUCAAAAUACAACAGGAUGCAUGGACGCCAGGUUGUUAAUCUCAUUAAAUUAACAUUAUGUUUCGGGCGAGCAGAUGGCUUAGUGGUAUAAGGCGCCUCCCAUGUACGCGGCGGCCAGGUUCAAAUCCAGCCUGUGGCCCUUUGCCCUGCUCUCUUCCCGCUUUCCGACUCUAUCCAAAAAAGGCCCAAAAGUAAAUCUUUGAAAAAUUAACAUUAUGCCCCAGCCAGUUGCACAAGCCACAGGUCAUCACAGAGGUAACAUAAGACGAUGGACAAAAACAUGUUUGGUUUUUUUUAUGUUUGGGUUUUUUGCCUUUAAGGACAUGCAUCAAACAUGUACCAAGAUAAGGAAUCAAUCCCACAACCGAGGCCCAGAAGAGCUUAUUUUUGAGUGUUAAAAACACCAAAGGUUGUUACUACGUCUUGUCUUUUUCUGUAAAGAAUGAGGUUGGAAUGGUGGGGCAAAGUUGUCAUCCACUAUCAGAGGAAGUAACAGAUGUAUUGGAGCAAGAUAGUCACAAAUUUUAACAUCAGAGCCAGCAGGAUGGAACAGCACUGCAUAGUUGUGAAGCCUGCAAUGUUUGUUUACACCUCACAUGCCUCCAUAACCCCGAAACACAAUUUAAAACCACACUCUGAGACACCAAUAUUACCUUGUUAUGGAUGCAGUGUGUCAGAACAAACCCAUAAUGACAGCAGAACUUUGUUACUACUCAUUUUGCAUUGCUUCAUAACCAUCAUGACUUUACUACAAGGUUAAAAGUUCACAGAAAGGCAGGAACACGCACAUCCACACCAAGCAGAGCAGGGGCAGAGUCGAAGAGAGCAAAAUGAAGAAAACAAAAAACAGCUUGAACACUCCAGGGCUCCGAAUUAUCAAGCGCAGCAAAGUGACAUUUUAGGCACUGAGACUCCUCAGUGAUGCAGCGCCACAUUAGUCCUGGAGCUUAUUUGAUUAAUUCACUUAUUAAUCAGUUCAGAAACAAACUCACUAUGAGUUAGCAUCAAAGAGCCACGUGUAACACUACGCCAUGUGCCCCUCUAGCUUCAUUUUACUUUAAAUGCUAUGGGAUUUCUCUUUCAUUUUGCUCCAGUGAUUGUUGUUAAUUUCAUUCAGUAAUCCUGACAGAGGGAGAAAAACUCUAACAGACCACGACUGCUUUACAGAGGUUGAAAAGUAUGCUGACAGUUCUUUCUGGAUGAACCAAAUAAGUUAAAACAGCUUAAAGUAUUUAUAUAGUGCUCUCUCUAAACUUGUUUGUGGUUUUCCCAAAGGUUAACACUUUCAAGAUGAUUUUCAAUUCAUAAUUGGUGCAGAAAUCUUACUAAAUUUGUGUAAUAUUUGAGCUUGAGCAGCAUUUACACAGAAUGACCAAAAGACUUCUGAGGACUUUCUAAGUGGUUAUAAAACGUAUUGAAAUUGAUACUGAUGUCUCAUUGUGACCUUAAGAAACAAACCAGGCCAUCAGCAAUAAGACUGAUCAUUUCUAAAUCGCCUAGUUAUUUUUAAGAGCUGCACACCCAGCUGUGAGGUAGGUGUAAGGUGAGACAACUAACAGCAUACUGCAGGAACAGGUUUCUAUUCAAAGUGAGGAAUACCUUCUACUGUUAAAAGACAUCAGGAUGAGAUUGCUGUCAAAAACCCCUGCUGAUGUUGGCCGCACACUACGUGAUUUUAAGUCUGACUUUAGGAUUGAGAGACCUCUAUGAUGGAGAUUUGGGCCCAUCUGUUGUAGACCUUCACAAUGGGGCGACCUCGACAGUGGAGUAGGAAGUGACCUAGUAACCCUUGUUGGGGUUUUCCUUAGUUUAUGGUGUUAUUUUUAAUCUUAUCCUCCUUUGCCUGAGCCUUACCCUAAAUUUUAGGGUUCGGGUGCCUAACCCUAACCCUCUUUGGGUUUUUCUUAUUUUGUGGUGUUUUAUCAUUUAUUUUGUCUCCUUAACCCUUACCUUUAGGGUUUAGGGGCCUAAUCCUAACCCUGUUUGGGUUUUUCCUUAGUUUCUGGUGUGUUAUUAUUUAUUUUAUCCCUCUGACCUUAACCUUUAGGGGAACUCUAACCUUUAAGAUUUGGGUGUUUAACCCUAACUGUCUUUGUGUUCAUCUUAGUUUUGUGGCAUGUGAAAUUUAAAUUGAUCCCUCUCAUUUUAUUUUUGAUUUUUGUUCAUAAAAUUCUGCUGUUGUGAAAAAUAGACAUUUACCGUAACCUCCGACAGCGAGCAGAAAGGCUUUUGGCCUGGGUAAUGUACAUCACCUCUCGCCCCAUGGUUGAGGUCAUCCCAUUGUAGAGGUCUGCAGCAGAACACCCCACUCUAGAUGUCUACAGCCAGAUCUUGCUAAUUUGAGGCUCAUCACAAAUGUUAUUUGUUCAAAUUAUACUGUAUUUGUCUGUCAAUCCAAACAUUAUGAAGAAUGGUUUAUUAAUGUGAUGCCAGUGUAACCCCAGUUACUCACUGGGUUGAUGAAGCCAUUUCUCAACACUCCUCUUUUUGAAUCAGUCAUGGUAGUGCUUCUGCAACGAUGGUUCUCACCUCGUCAGGCCUCAGAUCCAACUGUCAACCCCUCAAUGAGAAUUAGCAACCUAAAAUUAUGAAAUGUUUCGAUCAAUCAGAUUUUUUAAAUGAUACAGAGUACAGUUUGGAAUGUGAAAAACAAAGAAACUGGACACAACAAGCAUGUUUUAAAUAGUAUCAUUGACUUUUUUGCACAUUUUUUCUCCAGGGCACACCUUCAAGACCCACUGAAAAGCAACAGGUCACUGACUUAGAAGUUGAGUAGAAAAUUCAGUUAAAAUGUAAAUUUAAAAAAUCUACACUUAAAAGCAAACUGAAGAAGUAAAUUGAAAGUAAUUUAAAGCCUGAUAGCAGGUGAGAUAUUGUCUAUUGUCUAUUGUCUUUUCCUCUGCUCAGAGUCGGUUUUAUGGAUGUCAGCAUAAAAGUGGAAAUGCUAAAAAGCCCAAAGUACUGAAAAACUGAGUCCUACUGCAGUCUUCGUGAUAUUAUGACAGACAUAUGACAGGAAUUCUGAUGACAUGAAAGCAGAAAUGGUCUCUCUUAUUCCCUGGAGAGAUUUGCUGUUCUCUCUGUGCAGAAAGACAGAAUAAAGAGCAGCGACUGUGGGCUGGAGAUCGACAGCUCAAGGUCAAAAAUCAGAGCUCGCUUGAUGUGUGGCCUAGUUGAAGAGGCAGAGCCACUCUAGUUGACUCUAAUUCACCAGGAAGGACAGAGCAUUUGUAGUCAUUUUAGCCACAGUAGCAUUGUGCCUGAGUGUUUGUCUGAACAAGUCGUUUAUCUUAAUUAGUUUGCGAGCGCUCCUGAAGUAAAUCUCCAUCCUGCCUGGCAGCGCGCUGGCGGCGGCUGACCUCGUCCUGUUGCUCGACUUAAAGAAACACUUUGAUGCAGAGAGGAGUCGUUUGGGGGAAACUGGUGCGUUCAUAGUGUGGAUUAAGGAAGUGACAUGGGUAGCGUUAAUAGGCGAUUUUCAGAGGAGCUCAGGCGCAGAGGCUGCUUUUGAUGAGUGUGUGUUUAAGUGUGUGUGGACUUGAACGCUGCAGCUUCUCCGUACCCUUCAGCGGUGUAAUCUCCCACAGGGCCUCUCCUCCUCUCUGCUCAACUAUUCACCGCUCAUCAUUAGGAUGGACUCCGUGUCACUCCUCACUUCAGCGCUUCCCUCUCUGCUUUCUUAAGGCUAAAGGGGGUUUGUGAACAAAGCCUCACUUGGCCUCCCCUUCUUCUUCUCUCCUCCACCCCUCCCUUUCUCUUUCCCUUUUUUUCCACUCUUCUUCCUCUGUCAAAUCACUUCGCUCCUCGCCCACUUGGGCUGUCUCUACCGUCCUGCAGGGCACUGAAGGUUUUCCUAUUUUUCGUUUUUUCUCUUCCUUCAGUCAUCCUGUGCCCGGGAGGCGUGGAAAUAAAAAGGGAAACAACACCAGCAACAAGAAAUAUCCAGCAAAAAGAGUAUUGAGUAGACACAAAGCAUAUAAGACAAUAGGAUGAUCAGGGAGGAAGAAAACCUUUAAAAAUAAGACCUAAAAUGCUCAUUUCAACCAGUUGAUCUCAAACCUAUUUAGCAUCAAGAACAGGCUAAUCCCAAUCUUUAUUAUUGUAAAAAGAAAUCAUCAAAAAGUGCCAAUGGAUGUUCAGAUCAAAUGUAAAUGCCAUUAUCAGUGAGUAUUUUACAACCUGCCAAUAUUUGAUUGCGCUCUUUUAAACCCUCUGACUUUUUUGUUCAGUCUUUGUGCAAUGAAGAUGAUGUAUCACUGUGCCUGAAGACAGAACUUAAAACCACAUAGGCUUUCUUGGCAAGGGCAUGCACAAGUUUUUCCCUGAAGUAGAAAAUUUCACCUCUCAUAGAGGCUAUUUCAGUCAGGACCACUUUGUCAAGAAACCCCCAUGAUUUGCAGCUAUGAAUAUUUCUUUAUUAGCAGUUAUUAAUUAGCAUCUAUUACUGUUAUUUGUAUUUGGCAUUGUGGCUGAACCAGCACACGUUCCUGCUCUUCCCUGCCAAUAAGGAAAGCAUAAGGAGAGAAGCCACAAAAUCUCCAGAGCAGAGCAGGCAUCAAUGACGACAGAAACACACUGAGUAAGUCAGAAAGAGAAUAAAGGAGGAGCUGGGGUGGAGGAGGGUAACAAUAGCAGCUCGUAGAGGGGGUGGCAGAGCAUAGCCAGGCAAGAGCCGUUUAAAUAAGGCAGAAUGAUAGCAAUUAACCAAUGGCAUGCUUAGAGCACAUCAGCUGGUCAUCAGCUGAUGAGGUCUUGCAGAGAUCAGCUGAUCUCUGUGAUAUGGCAGCGCUUGACUCUGUGGCCUGCCUGAACUAAUGCUAUGCUAGAUGCUUAAGCUGUGUCUUGUCCAAGUCUGCAUUGACUCUCUAAAAGACUAAGGUGGGCUGAAAAACUGGCACCAAGUUUGAUCUGAACACAUCAUUAAUCUAUAUCUCAGUAUCCAGCCUUCAUCUUUCUACUAAGAUCUAAAUCAGGAAAUUAACUUUCUAUAGACACAUUUAAAAAUAUAUGAGAAUUGUAAUAGAUUAAGUUGCAUUAAACAUAAAGCUGUUUUUUUCUGUCUAUCACCAUGAAAAAAAUCUGCUCAUAUUUAGAUUUUCCUUUUUCCAUUUAAACCAAAAAUCAUAACUAGUAGUUGCACUUCUGACUAGAAGUUUGGGCAGGAGAUUGAAGAGUUACACAGUCACUUCAACGCACAAGUAUGUAGCGAUCAUGACAGCAGAGGCCACUGCAGUUUAGAUUUGAUGUAGAACUAUAAAUCACACCAAAGUUGCUGUGGUGACUUUAGAGAGCACAAUGUGUUGGUCAUUUCCAGUUCCAAAGAAGGCAUCUUACUCUCUAAAAUCAGGUCCACUGUUAUGUCAAACCUUUAUGCACUGUUGUUGGAUACUUAGCUUAAAUAUGAGUCUGUAAAUGUUUAAAAAAAAAAAAAAAAAAACACAAGAACUUUAGGAGAAAGGUCUGACAGCAGACCAUACAUCUCUGUUGGCCACGCUCACAGACUGUUCAUCUGAGAUACCGUCUAUGUCAGAAAGGAAGUGCCAUGUAGUUCACUCUAACGGCGUAUCGUCAAACCAGCUUUAUUCAUAAACGAAGUCUGGUAGUUUCAUUCAUGAAAUAACCACGUUGCAAACAUUACAGACUAAGAAACAUUUUAUAAAUGAAACUGAGAGGUUCCAUCUAGAAUUAAAUUUUGUAAAAGACCCGCUUUAGGAGUAAUAACACAAGCGGUGGCUCGCUGUAGCUUUGUUAGAUUUAGCUACAGCUCAUAUAGCUACCCUAACUACAUGAUUAGUUAGCUGUAGCAACAUGAGCUUUAGCAAACAUGGCUAAAGCUCAUGUAGCUAUGUAGAUAACAUAUCUAUGUAGCUUCUACAGUUGCUUUGUGAGCUUAACUUUAGCAACAUUGCCACAUUAGCUAUGUAGCUAUGUUACCUUCAGUAAUGUGAGCUUUAACAAACAUAGCCAACGCUAACUUACCUAGAUAGAUACAUUUCUGCUUUGUGUGCUUAGCUUUAGCUGCGUAAGCUACGUAGCUAUGUUAUCUUCGUAAUUAAUGGAGUUAUGAAGCUAUGCUUGCUGUGUUAGUGUUUUAUGAGCUAUUUUCCUGUAAGCAGACUGUUCACUCAGUUUAGCAAAAAUUUUGAAAUCAGGUUUUGCAGGCCAAGUUUUCAACAUUCCCUAAAAGUUUAAUCCAAUUUUAUUUCAACAUUUUUAGCGUGUAUUUCCAUUCAGAGAUAUACAGCAUCUCAGAUGAUGGUGUGUGAGAGUGGCAGUCAGAGAUGAACUGUCUGCUGCCAGACUGUCUUGAACUGUAGCGGGCAUUGCUUGUCCAGGUGCAUUGGCCUUGACAGAAUAUAUUGCAGCCAUUACAGCCUGUAAUGGCCAGCUUUUUUUGUUGCUGUGGCGAUCUAGACCUCAAGUAAUCUAAAAUAUAGUGCCAGAGUGAGGGAUGCACGAAAUUUAGAACAGGUAUAGGGCAGUGGGAUUGUUUUAUUUCAAGACUGUAUAGAAAAAUGUCUCUUUGUUCAUGAUUUGGCUGAAUGUUGUGCUUUGUAUGGCUCUUUGGCAUCAAUAAAUACACUCAUAGUUCUUAUUAGUUGAGUCAAUUCAAGGUUUUUUAUGUUAACUAUGACCUAAAUAUGGAACACCACCAGACUGACUCUUAAAUUAUUUGUUUUGUUCAGCUAUGAUUACUUUUCCUUCUCCAUUAUUCACUUUAACACUAGUUUAAUAAUCAAAUUAUCCCCCUAGCCGUUCCCAAUUACCCAUUUUCUAAUAGGCAUGAAAGAAUGACUAUUGUAAUUGUUAACACUAGGAGAGGUGUGCCAUUGUCUUCUGCCCUACUCUGUUCUGUGCAGUUUAAUAUGAGAUUUUUGUUCUAUACCUACACAAGAACCACAUUAUUAUGCCCGUCAUUGUUAGCCAAAGGUAACACAUUCCAUUAUCUUCUCAAUAAUUUAUUUCUGUUGCUUAGAGAAAAAUAUGUAUGCACACACCUUUCAUUCAAUAAGUGCCUUAUUUUGUAUUAAGUUUAUAUUUUGCAUUUUUGUGAUUACAUUCCAUAGAUAUACUGUAAUAUCCUGAUGAAGACUAAAGGGAACUUCAUUGUUGUAAUACUAUUUUUGUGCAAAUGUAUUCUGUAUAAAUGCAGAUGAUGUAUUCCAUGAUGUUCAGUAAGGAAAAUAUGUCAUUAAUCGUUUUAUUAAUAAAUUUAUUUGCUUCAA